GGUGCUCGCUCCGUAAAAAGAAGGGUGGGGAUUGCACGCUCAGGCUUUCCCUUGCUGGUGUCCCCCUUCUGUUUGGGGCAGACUAGAGCCGUCCUCUUGGUGUCUGGCAGGGUAGACUCCAGGGACGCAGGGGCCCCUGUCCUGUCCUCGGUCUUGAUGGGUUCACACUGGACUGGAAGGGUGUGUGCACGCCUGCAUGUACGUGCACGUCUGUGAGCGGUUAACGACACGUGGGAGGCCUGGCUAAGUGGAGCCCUACAUACCCACCACCCCGCUUCGGAAACAGCACUUUCGAAGCCCCCUGGGUGUCCCUUGCCCACGUCUUCCCGUCUACGGUGCUCGCGCUCUGGUUUCCUGUCCCCCGUUCCUCUCACUAAGGCGGGUGGGCGACCCGGCUCCGUCCACAGGGAUCUGUCUGAGGAUGAAGGUGAGGGCCUGGCCAGGCCAGAGCUGGGGCGGGGGUGUGAGCAAGGCAGGCUGAGGAUCCUGCUGCUGAGACAGGCCGCCCACAGCCCAGGCUGAGACGUUAUGGUCAAGCGGAAAAGAGGAACCAAAGAGAACAGAUUUGACUAGAGGGAGCUCCUCUGCUGAGUCUGGCUGUCAUUAUGUUUGAGUCAGUCCCCUCUGCCAGAAGAUGUAGGGCUGCGCUCUGUAGAGUGGGAGCCUGGCCUGCUGCAGGACCAUGUGGGAGUCGGCCCUCCUGUGCCCCACAGCCUGGGUGCAGGAGACGCCAGAGCUCCCCAGGUGAUUCUCAAACUUGGAGACGCAUUAGAAACACGCGGAGCCUGUUAGCACGUCUGGGUUGCAGGGGUGGUGUGUGCGUGCCCGCCCCACUGCUCGUGUUCCUGCCCAGGUUGGUUUUCAAGCCCCUUUGACAGAGUGCUUUUUUAAUCCAAAUGUCCUUUUCCCUGUACAGCUGGUUGCCGUUACUGCUAAUAGCUGUGUUCUGUAGAAUGGUCACGAACACUGAGCGAAUACUGAUCCGUGGCUCAGGGGGAAUGAAUACCAGGCCAGGUUCCUAAGAGCCUCUGGCCACAUUUUGCUCAACCGAUCAAUGUGUGACCUUGUUUGCUGUGUGUUUCUGUUUAAAGACAUCUUAUUUAACGUGCGCUGGUAACUCAUUAAUCUUGAGCUCACGGCCAACAACGGUGACCCGCCGAAACAGAGUUAGUCUGACACACACAUCUCAGUCUGGAGGGGCACUAGCCAGCACUUCUGCCCUGAGCUUAGGCGGAAUCACAAAGAUGUGAAAAAUAGGCACAAAACAGACCGAAAGAAGAACGCUGUUGACAGUGUGGGCCGAAACGUGGAGGCAGGGUUCUGCUCUGAUCCUGGCUGGGAGCGUGCGCACCUGCACCCGUCCACAGGGACCACGAAGGCCCCGUCCGUGUUGGCGUGGGGCUGGCUACAAGCAAAUUUGCAAACACAGAAUCUGAACGGUGAGGAUCGGCUGCACGUGGUCACGUGACCUUUCGGGUCUCGCUCUGCACGGAAGUGGAGGUAGACGGAGAAGUGAGCUGCCUGUCUCCAGAAUAGAGUCUGAGCCUUGGCCCCCACAGUCUCUCACCAGGACUGAGCCAGCCUGGUGCAGGGUCCUCCCUUCAGGCCGUCCUCAACACAGCAGCCAGAGGGCGCUCUCCCAGCGUAGGCUGGCCGGCCACCCUUCCUGCCCAGGGAAAGCCAAGUCCUUUACUCUGGUUUACCGGGGCCCCCACUGCUACCUUCUCUUCCACCAGGUGCUCAUCCGAAUGAGCCUUCUUGUUCCUUGAAAUACCAGGUUUCUUCCACCCCAGGGCCUUUGUACGUGCCAGUCCCCCUACCUUGAGAAUGCUCAUCCCUGGGAGUGUCUGCACUGCCCACUCCACCAUGUUCCAGUGUCACCUUGUUUGGGCCACUGCCCCAGGCACGCACCCUCCCUAACCCUGUGGGGUGUUUCUCCAAGCCCCCCCUCACCACCUGGUACAUCUGCCUACUGUCCCAGCAUCAGAAAUGGGCACGUAUUAGGCUUCUGAUACUGAGGAAUGAGUGAGUGGUUGUCCUUGAUAUGCUGGAGUGAAAUCCUGAAAUACACCCCCUUCCCAUCCAGGGAGUAGAACUGGUGGGUUUGCUGUAUUCUGACCACCCCUUGAGCACUUGCCUAAAGUCACGACAACUGUAGAAGCUGGGGGAUGAGAGCCUAGUGCAUUUUCCCACCACAUCUGGAGCAAGUAUUCAGGACUUCAUCCUAAUGAUGGAAAAAUCUCAACAUAUUCACCUUUUUAAAAAAAGAUUUUAUUUGACAGCGAGCACAAGCGGGGGAGAGGGGCAGAAAGAGAAGCAAACUCCCUGCUGAGCAGGGAGCCUGAUGCGGGACUGGGACCCUGGGAUCAUGACCUGAGCUGAAGGCAGACCCUCAACCGACUGAGCCACCCAAGUGCCCCUAAGAUUUUUUUACUAUUUUAGGUCCUCUCUACAGCCAACGUGGGGUUUGAACUCACAACUCAGAAGAGUCACAUGCCCCACUGACUCAGGCAGCCAGGUGCCGCUGACCCUUUUGUUGAAAUAAUGUCAUGCUGGGAGAAAAGUAAAAACUGGGGGUGAGGGGCUGCCCUAACUGGUUUCUUCCUUGCUCCAAGGCUGUGUCUAGCCUAGAUUCUCCCCAGCCCCUUUGCUCCCUCUGCCCUGUGGUGUAUUUGUAGCUCUGGGUUGCAGGGUGUUGCCUGGUGCGGCCUGAAGGGAGCUUAGCAAUCCUCAUCUGAACGUGGGCUCUUUCCAGCGGGGGCACGGCUGGGGCAGGAGCACCUUGAUGGGCAGAAGUAGGAAAGCAAAGAGCUAAAAGGUUGAAAUCUUGCAUCGAUUUCAUUUGGGCGAGUUACAAAUCAUGUUUUAAAAAUGACUCGUGGGGAAAAAAAAAUCAGGUGUUCCUGUGUAUGAUUUUACUUCUGGAGUUUCUCUUAAUCAGAAAAUAAGCAAGACUUGAAUUUCUAGUCUAGCGCUUUGAAAGUUCCAUGAAAGUAUUUGUUAGCAAUGCAAAAAUAUUCCAUGUUCUGGGGAAAAAAAGCCAGAAAGUAGAUUCAUUUCUGUUCCUAUUUAUUAUGUUCCCUGGUAAUUUUAGGUGAUGGCAAUUUGUGGCUGAGCAAGACAUGUUCUCAGUUAUUACUGUGCAGGAAGGGCAGGGCUGUAAUCAACUACUUGCUACUGUGGACACGUGCUGGACCCCUGGUGGCCGCGAGCUGCGGCUCGGGAGCGAAGGCCUGGCAGUGGGACAGCCUCACAUAUAUAUGGAAAGCCCGUAGCUGAGCCCAGCUGGAGCAUAGCUUGUCAGGGGAAGACGGUUAAGGACAGGAGAUGGGGUUGGAAAUGAACGCUGAAGAGACCAGACAGCUUUGCAGACCGUGUGCCCUGUGCUCUGUGCCAUGCAGGAGCUGCUGAGAUUUUUGAUUUUUUAUUUCUUUUAAUUAUUUAUUUGAGAGGGAGCAUGGGGGGCGCAGAGGGAGAAGCAGACUCCCACUGAGCGUGGAUCCCCACACGGGGCUUGAUCCCAGGACCCUGAGAUCAUGACCGGAGCCAAAAUCAAAAGUCGGACGCUCCACCAACUGAGUCCCCCAGGCGCCCCAGAUUUUGAGUGAAUGAGGGAAAGGAGUACGCCCUAACUCGAGUCCGGGAGCUGGAUUGCUGGGAGGAGGCAAGGUGGGGAGACCAGCUGGGAGGCUCCAGAAAUGGAAGGUUGAGGGUCUUGGUGGUAAAGGGAACGGAGGAAGGCAGCUCCCCUGGAGUGAGGGGUGAGAGGAGCAGGAAAGCUGGACCAGGGCCUCUCACUCAGAGGGGAGUUAAAAAGGCAUUACGAACAUGAUGAGCAGGGCCUGGGCGGCUCAGUCAGUGAAGCGUCUGACUCUUGGUUUCGGCUCAGGUCAUGAUCUCACGGUUGUGGGAUUGAGCCCCACGUCGGGCUCUGCGCUCAGGGCAGAGUCUGCUUCAGAUUCUGUCUGCCUCCCCGCUCGUGCAUGCACUCUCUCAAAUAAAUAACACUCUUGAAAAAAACAUGAUGAGCUCCUCCUAAAAUUUUCUAACAUCUUUUUUGUUGUUUUGGCCUGGUAGGGAAGAACUUGAUAACAGUGCACAUCACCCAGUGAAGUAAUCCAUGUCACAUGCUUUUUUCCCCCUUUCUCUUCCAGAUAUUCUUCUUUCGUAUUAUUUUUGUGCUCUGUCUGCCCAUGUCCUUGCCCAGAGUCCUGUCACGGCACUUAGAAAAGUCACUUAUGAGCUCCUGGUCAUCUGUGUCCCAGUGUCUUCUCCUUUUAGCAUUUGCAUUUUUGUUUUUCAUGCUGAUAAUUGAAGGUUUUUUUGUGUUUUUGUAGGCAAAGUUAUGAGUCAUUUACAUUUUUUGUUGUUAGUAUAAUAUAAAGAUAUCCCUCAUGCCAAAGUAUAUAAACAUUCUAUACAAAAACACUAAUUUGAAAAGAUAUAUGCACCCCAGUGUUUAUUGCAACAUUUUCAACAAUAGCCAAACUAAGGAAGGAGCCCAAUAAAGAAGAUGUGAUACACACACACACACACACACACACAAUGGAAUAUGAUUCAGCCAUCAAAAAGAAUGAAUACUUACCGUUUGCAAUGACGUGGAUGGAACUAGAGAGUAUGAUGCUAAGUGAAAUAAGUCAGUCAGAGAAAGACAAAUACCAUAUGACUUCACUCAUAUGUGGAAUUGAAGAAGCAAAAUAAACAAAAAAGAGAAACCAAGAAACAGACUCUUACCUACAGAGGACACAUUGCUGGUCGCCAGAGGGGAGGGGGGGGCGGGGGAGACAGGUGAUGGGGUUGAAGGGGGACACCUGUCGUGAUGAGCAGUGGGUGAUGUGUGGAAAUGUCAAGUCGCUAGAUUGUGCGCCUGAAGCUAAUACCACACUAUAUGUUAACUAUACUGGAAUUACAAUGUUUAAAAAGUGUAUAGACAUUCUUCUAGUAAAUUUGUGGUUUUUUCAUGCAUAAUUUAAAAAAUAUAGUUGGUGGGGCGCCUGGGUGGCUCAGUUGGUUAAGCGACUGCCUUCGGCUCAGGUCAUGAUCCCGAGGGCCUGGGAUCGAGCCCCGCAUCGGGCUCCCGGCCCCGCGGGAAGCCAGCUUCUCCCUCUCCCUCUCCCCCUGCUUGUGUUCCUGCUCUCGCUGUCUCUGUCUCUGUCAAAUAAAUAAAUAAAAUCUUUAAAAAUAUAUAUAUAUAGUUGGUAAACAUAUAAAAAAUAUAAUUGGUAUCUAUUUUUAAAAGUCAGGAUUGCAAUUAAUCAUGCAACCUUAAUUCGGUCGUUCAGACUAAUGUUCUUGAAUGAAUCCGGAAUUAGAUAAAAUGACAUAGUUACUUACCUUUCUUUCGUCACGGCUUUAUUGAGACAUAAUUAUUAUAUACCUCACAGGUGAACCCGUCAAAAGCACGCACUCGGUGGCUUUAGUGAGUUUUCACGGCUGUGCAGCCGACACCACGGUUUAGAACGCUCCCACUUUCCCAAACAGAAGCCGCGUCCCACUUGGCCGUCACCCAGCGCCCCCGGCCCCGGGCACCCGGCCCGCUUGGUUUGCCUGUCAUGGGUGUGUCAUGGCGUACGGUCCACAAGCCACCACGCGGUCACCCGCAGCGGCGUCUCCCCGAGCAUCAUGUUGUCAAGGUGGCUCGCAGCCCAGCGCGUGCAGGCAGGUCACAGCUACGGGGUAAGAGAAGCAACGGCCGGAAUCUAUUGUUUUUAUUGCUGAAGAAUACCCCGUUGUGUGCUCGCCCUGCGUGGUGGACGUGAGGGUGGUUGCGUUUGGGGGCUCUUGCGAGUGGCACCGUCACGAAUCCUCAUGCACAGACGUCGUUCCUCUGGGGCGAGUCCCCAGGUGGGGUUGCUGGGUCAUAUCUUGGUUUAUUUUUAAUCCGUCUUCGUGCUAGACAUUCCUAUUAGCGAUUCAGAUUUUAAAAGGCGUCUACUUUCCCCUAUUUUCUCCUAAAAGAGCCCCGUAUAAGUGGAAACCGGAUUGAGUCCUGAGUGAGUGUAUAUGAAUUUGUUAGUUACCAUUGAAGUAGGCCUCACGGUUGGAGAGGACCUUUGAUUCCUUUCAUGUUGGCAGGAAGAAUCUCUUCUCUAAGGGCCUUUAUCCUGAACACUAGGACAGGACGAGUCUUUGAUUCUAUACCUAAGGGCCUUAUAUAAUAACAUUCUCUGAAAAAUUCCAAAUCGUACAGGACGGGAGAAUCCAGGAUAAAUUUUCUCCUGGGUCCCGAACAAUCCAGUAACUUACUUUUUUCUGAUGAUAAGGCAGUGUGUGCUCACUUUGGGAAAUACACAAGAGAUGAAAUCAAAAUCUCCCAUACAAGCUUGCCCGGCCACGGUGCCCUUCUGUCAGUGGCCCGGAUGCUGAAUAAGUCUACUGGUAGACUUUGGCAAAUUACAGGCCAUUUGUUUAAACAUAGUUUCAAAGGAGAAAUUACAAUAUGUAUUUUUCCUUCUCAUUGCUUCCCGAAAGUAUUUUGAAGCCCUGAAGCCUUAGAAAACCCUUUCUCAAAUAGCAGAGCAGAAAGUGUCGUUUGUGGGGCAAACUGUGUGUGUCACUGACCUCAUGUUUGCUAACCCUCACAGUCACCUUCUAAAACGUUUGUUAUAAUGACAGCACUCACUUGCCGAGGGCCUAGGAUGUGCUUGGUGAUUCAGAGGCAUCUUUCCGUUACGUGGUUGAGCAAACCAAAGCUCAGAGAAGGUGAGUGAUGCGUGCCAGUCCCCCGGGUGCCUCUGCUCCCGUGUGGGCUGUCCUGCCUUCCACAAGGCCUCCUGCACCUGUCCCCCGGCACGCAUGGCUUCCCAUCGGGGAAUUUCACACAUUUAUAGGGACAAUAAUGAAGCUUGAGCUUGAGCACCCCUCACCGGCGUGGCCCCAUCCAAGGGCCCCGGAAGGACUCUAACGACGUGUUCUUAUGUUCCUGUGCUUAGGGUUUGCGAGAGGGAGAUGUUUUAGCUGCAGCUGGUAAGUCCUGCUGUCUGUUCCCACACCCACUUCCCCUCAAUUUGGAGGGCUUUGGAGGGGUCGCGGCUGUGAUGUGGGCCGUGGGCCGUGAGGUGAUUGUUGAUCAUCCCAGUGUAGGAAUGGCUUCCUGGGCAUUUCCUUCCAAACACUAUUCCAGCUAACCCGGCGUCAGGCCGGGGAGGUGUGGGAACGGAAGCUGCGUGGUGCCCGUUGUUGGAAGACAAACAAGGCUCGACAUGGAUGGAGUCAGAAUCCAGUCUUCAGACGUGCAGAAUUAUAAGCUGAAGAUUCAGCUCUCAAGGCCAAAAAGGCGGGAGAAAAAGUACUACACACAUGUGUCAGUUUAUCAAACCAUGGUUUUCUAGAUACUGCAAUAUUUGUCCACUUCUAAAAAAUGAGUAGUUUGUUGAGUCUUAUUAAGUUAUGAGGACCCCCACCCAAAUAAUAUAAGAAUCUUCACUACAAACCUGUCGCUGAUGUCCACUGUCCUGAGAAGGAAGUCCAUGCUCUCCAACCAGGCCUCACCCCACUCCCUGCAUCUUGACGACUCUUCUCCGUCCUUCCUCACAAAGCUCUCUUCUACCUUAGAGCUGCACCCGAGCUGCCUCCCUUUAUCUGGAAUGCCCCCCCCCCCCCCGCUGUGACUGGUGCUUUCUCUGUCUCCUAGCUCAGGCCACCACCCCAGGAAGGCAUUUUCUGACCCCCUCCCCAUCACUUUCUAUUUAUUUCUUCAAGAAUUCUUAGCAAAUUCUGGAACUAUCUUGUUUAUUCUCUGCUUUCCUCCCCUAGGCAUUAAGUUCUGUCUUGUUUGCUGCAUCAUCCCAGGAACUGGGCAUAUGGUUGAUUCUCAAAUAGCUGUUGAAUGAAUAGCUGGGAAGUGACAACAAGAUUCCAAACUCAUGUUUAUUUGACAUCAAAGACCAAAGGCUGUGUACUUCCCAAUAGGCUGCCAUUGUUUCCCAGUCUGUUAUCCCACAGAGCACUGGGGAGAUCAGACGUGCAUCAGAAGCACAACAGGCAAGUUCAACUCUGGUUCCCUGAUGACAAGAAGAUCAUAUGCAAUCAAGGAUCAAAAUGUCCUUUGGCAUGCAGAUGGCCUCAAGUAUUCCUUAGUGUGCAAGAAAUUGAAAACACCUGAAAUUAAUCAGGCACGUUCUAGACGAGCAAGGGAAGAUUGCAACUCAGGCUCACAGCAGAAUUUAUCACCAAACUACAAUGGAAAUGCUGAAUGGGAGAUUCGAGAAUCUGCCUGGCUCUGCAUUUAGCCCAGUUGACCCCAUUAUAAGAAAGGAAGUGAACGAGGACACCCUGGGGAGAUCCAGGAGUUGCAAUUAUGCUUGCAGGCAGAGCUAACAACCGCUGAAUCCUGGUUUUCCCACCGAAGGUCCUGUGCCCUCCAGCCGUUUUUCAGCCGCUGUUUCAAGUCCCCUAGCUGUAAAAGUGGAAUAGCACUUGACUUUCUCAGAUACUGCGCGGGUGAGUUGCAGAUUAGCUGAACCAUCCUUUGUUGCAAAACAUGAAGAUAGUUUGUUUAAGGAUUUGUUUCAAGACUACGAAAGAUGGGUUCGUCCUGUGGAACAUCUGAAUGACAAAAUAAAAAUAAAGUUUGGCCUUGCAAUAUCUCAAUUAGUGGAUGUGGAUGAGAAAAAUCAGUUAAUGACAACGAAUGUCUGGUUGAAACAGGAGUGGACAGAUGUGAAGUUAAGAUGGCAUCCUGAGGACUACGGAGGAAUCAAAGUGAUACGCGUCCCUUCAGACUCUCUCUGGACUCCAGACAUCGUUUUGUUUGAUAACGCAGACGGGCGUUUCGAGGGGGCCAGCACUAAAGCGGUCGUCAGGCACGACGGCACGGUGACCUGGACGCCGCCGGCAAACUACAAGAGUUCCUGUACCAUCGACGUCACAUUUUUCCCAUUCGAUCUCCAGAACUGCUCCAUGAAGUUUGGUUCUUGGACUUACGACGGGUCCCAGGUUGAUAUUAUUUUAGAGGACCAAGAUGUAGACAAGAGAGACUUCUUUGACAAUGGAGAAUGGGAAAUCGUCAGCGCCACAGGGAGCAAAGGGAACAGAACGGAUAGCUCCUGCUGGUACCCACACAUCACAUACUCCUUCGUAAUCAAGCGCCUGCCUCUCUUCUACACCCUGUUCCUUAUCAUUCCCUGUAUCGGCCUCUCGUUUCUAACCGUGCUCGUCUUCUAUCUCCCCUCCCACGAAGGGGAGAAGAUCUGUCUCUGCACGUCAGUACUGGUCUCUUUGACUGUCUUCCUGCUGGUUAUCGAGGAGAUCAUCCCCUCGUCUUCCAAAGUCAUCCCUCUGAUCGGAGAGUACCUGGUGUUCACCAUGAUUUUUGUGACGCUGUCCAUCAUGGUCACUGUCUUCGCCAUCAACAUCCACCACCGUUCUUCCUCAACACAUGAUGCCAUGGCGCCUUGGGUCCGCAAGAUAUUUCUCCACAAGCUUCCCAAACUGCUCUGCAUGAGAAGUCACGUAGACAGGUACUUCGCUCAGGAAGAGGGGGCUGAGAGCCCUGGGAGACCAGAGUCCUCUCGAAACCCACUGGAAGCUGCACUUGAUUCUAUCCACUACAUCACCAGGCACGUCAUGAAGGAGAACGAUGUCCGUGAGGUUGUUGAAGACUGGAAAUUCAUAGCCCAGGUGCUGGAUCGGAUGUUUCUGUGGACUUUUCUUCUGGUCUCAGUUGUUGGAUCUCUUGGGCUUUUCGUUCCUGUUAUUUACAAGUGGGCCAAUAUCAUAGUCCCGGUUCAUAUUGGAGAUGCAAAUAAGUGAUACCUGCCCAGGGGACACAGUAGGAGUUUGGUUGCCAAACGCACGUGUAACUCUGCUACCUAUAAACUUAGAAAAUGUACAUUGUGCUUGAAAUUUGACGCCAGCUCUAACCAACAGACUGACAGUUGCUAACACUGGUUUAUCUUAAUAGAUCGCCCAUUCGAACAUUUUACCUGCAUGAGAGAAGCACUAACUGACUCAACAUUUGGUCUAGAAAUAGCAGUGGAAUAGUACCCGAACUGUGCUAGUGAAAACCUACUGUUUGUAUCCUGGCAAGUAACACUGGUUUGUAAUCAACGUGAAGCUCAUCUUUUGAUUGUGUUGGAAAAUUCCCGUUGUACCUGAAGAUUGAUGUCAGGACUUUUUCUGCAUUUGGUAAAGGCACACAUUUUAAAUCUCUCUCUGUCCUGUAUCUGCAGCGGAAGAGCUGACCUUGGGCACGGUGUCCUACUGCCGUAUUAAAUAAGCCAGCUACCUGGUACAGCAACCAUUUAAUGUGAUGCUGAUUUUUCUAUAACCAACAUUUUAAAAAGUGAAAGGUGGGAAUUCCUCGAAGGCUUACUUUAUUCCUUAGAUGCUUUAACUGAACAAUUGUUGUAUUAACUAUUUUUGUAGCUUACCGUCCAUUGUAAAAUCAUACAAUAGACAACCCCUGUGGACAUGCACAAGUAUCUCAAUAAUUAACAGUAAUUUCAACCCCCUUGUCCAUAUUUUCCAUAAUAACCACCUUCUAUAUAAAUUGUAGCACUUCUGUAUCCUUCACUCAGCAUAGUCCUCUACAAUGAAGUGAAUCCCAGUUUUAAAACUCAAAACCUCCAUGGAUACUACCAAAUCCUACUGUGAGGAAACCAUCUUCCGAGAUUAAAGGUGGUUUCUAAUUAGGUAGAAGCACAUCGUUACAUAUCUGUAAUGUUUUGGUUUCUCUCUUUCGUCCCAACAGUUACAGUGCUAGAGCCUUCGAGUUGUGAGGGCUGGUAGAUGUCAUGCAGCGGUAGCCUUUCACUGCUCACUCAGGACCGAUGGACUGUCGAGGGUGCACGAGUUAGAGUCCCUCUCUCGUGCCCCUGUUCAGCUGCGACCCAGGACAGCACACCAACAGGAGCCCGGGUUUGAUGAGCAGCUCCUAGCUCUUGCGAGAACAAAUGCCUUAUUUAUACCUGUCCUCUCCCUGCCCAGAGAUGCGGGUUCCUUGUGAGCGGACAAGAGCCUGGUGGAGGUGAAAAGCCAGAGGUCGAGAUGUCCCUCAUGGGGCAAGGUCACCCGGAGGGAAGGAGGCACAUUUGAAGGGUGGUCUAGUCCAGUCUGUGGCCACGUAGGCGCCUCCCCAAACACAAUCCACAAGGAUGGCUGACGCCCCCAGAAAAACCCACAGGCCUCCGAAGUUUCAGCUGUAAGCCCUGGAAAAGACACGGCGGUGCGGGGAGAAAGGGGCAGGAGGACGGCCCAGGAUGCAUGCGGCGAGGCUGACAGCAGAGCAAGGAGCGACACGUCUGCCCCCAGCCCCCUGAUCCAGAACACAGCUCCCGGAACAUCCAGGGCAGCCGGCAGCCAGGAAGAGCCAAGGGGAGCACAGUGGGGUCGGAUGCCGGGCGAUGCGGUGGGCCCGGCGUGUGGGUCUGAGUCACGGAGGCACAGCCCCCACCUCCCCCCCCCCAACCCCGCCAUGAACAGAAACAGAAGAUGGGGCUUUCCAAGCAGCGGCCACGAUUCAGACUUCACAGUGCACGACACGAACUCUGGGAGGAAAGAAAGUGUGAGAUCUGUGGAGGAAACAAGUUCACCCAAUUACAAACAGCGAGCAAGAGUUUGCCUGGAUCCUUCACGAGAGAAGAUGUACGAACGGCCAAUAAGCAUAUGAAGAAGACUCCGAGUUGCUAUGGAGCAGGGAAAAGCUCACCAAGACGGCCACAGGCACUGGUUCGCAUGUCGGGGUGAGUGCGGGCAGCUGCGGAAACUCUCACCGGCCCAACGCCUCGGGAGCCUCACAGUAUCUGCCGCCAAAGUUGAAAAUGCCUCCCUGGGCGCCUGGGUGGCUCAGUCGUUAAGCGUCUGCCUUCGGCUCGGGUCAUGAUCCCAGGGUCCUGGGAUCGAGCCCCGCAUCGGGCUCCCUGCUCGGUGGGAGGCCCGCUUCUCCCUCUCCCACUCCUCCUGCUUGUGUUCCCUCUCUUGCUGUGUC